GCAGCGUAUCUCCUGUAAGAUGGACGAGACGUAUUGGGGCUAAGGAUCUGGCGACUUGCGGAGGGGAAAGAUGUUUUGCAACUGCCGUGGGCUCUUCUACAGGAUCAGUGCCUCCCGUGGCGUAAUUUCUCGCUUGUAAUAUGUAGCUGAGGACGACGGCGGAGCGUGUGCAGCUGUUUCUCAGCCCCGUAGAAAAAUAUCGAUCACCGGCGGUGGUCACCAGCAACCUUCCCCACCUUGAGUCCUCAUGUGACGGGGUGUGAUGCGAAGAAGUGAGCGCUGUCCGCGGUGCUGAACCGGAUCUGUCACAUCCACGAGUUGACCUUCUCUCCCCCGUGCAGAAAAUUCAUCCUCCUGCAACACACACACAGUUAAGGUGUGCAAAAAAGCAGGCCACCGCACAUGGACAGCUGCUGGGCUUGACUGAGUCAGCCAGACAAUAAUUCUCUUUCAUGGCUGUGGCACGCAAAAUCAAAACUUUGCUGACCGUCAACAUUUUAGUGUUUGUGGGGAUUAUCCUGUUCUCGGUCUACUGCAGGAUCCAAGACCGAUCCGAGGAGCUCAUCCAGAUAGGGCGUAUGUCUGACCAGAGACUGCGAGCCAGGAAUGGCAAAGUUUCCAACUUGGUGGACAGGCAGUCUAUUCUCCAGAGGCUGGAGAGGCUGGAGGAUGUGGUCUACAAUCAGUUAAACGGUUUGGCGAAGCCCAUGGGGCUAGUUGAGGGACCUGGAGGCCUUGGCCAGGGGGGAGCUGCUGCCACUCUGGGAGAGGACAGCCAUGAUGCUGAGGGGAAAUACGAAGAGUACGGCUACAAUGCUCAGCUCAGCGACCGCAUCUCCCUGGACAGAAGCAUUCCUGACUACAGGCCUAAAAAGUGUAAGCUGUUGACGUACACAGAGGACCUUCCUCAGAUUUCUGUGGUCUUCAUCUUUGUGAACGAGGCACUGUCAGUGAUCCUGCGUUCUGUCCACAGUGUGGUCAACCACACGCCAGCGCACGUGCUCAAGGAGAUCAUCCUGGUGGAUGACAACAGUGACAGCGUGGAGCUGAAAUUCAACUUGGACCAGUAUGUGAACAAACGCUAUCCAGGCCUGGUAAAGAUUGUGAGAAACAGCAAGCGGGAGGGCCUGAUCCGAGCCAGAAUACACGGCUGGAACGCGGCCACGGCUCCUGUCGUCGGCUUCUUUGAUGCCCACGUCGAGUUCAACAUUGGCUGGGCUGAACCCAUUCUAACCCGGAUAAAGGAGGAUCACACCCGCAUCAUCCUGCCCGCCAUAGACAACAUCAAGUACAACACGUUCGAGGUGCAGCAGUAUGCCAACGCCGCCCAUGGCUACAACUGGGGGCUGUGGUGUAUGUACAUCAUCCCUCCACAGGAGUGGCUGGACAAGGGCGAUGAGACAGCUCCUAUCAGAACUCCAGCUAUGAUUGGGUGCUCCUUUGUGGUUGAUCGGGAAUACUUUGGCGAGAUUGGUUUGCUGGAUCCCGGAAUGGAGGUCUACGGAGGCGAGAACAUUGAGCUCGGCAUGAGGGUGUGGCAGUGUGGAGGGAGUAUGGAGGUCCUGCCAUGUGCCAGAGUGGCUCACAUCGAGCGCACCAAGAAGCCCUACAACAAUGACAUAGACUACUAUGCUAAGCGCAAUGCCCUGCGGGCCGCUGAGGUGUGGAUGGAUGAAUACAAAUCCCACGUCUACAUGGCCUGGAACAUUCCUAUGAACAACCCUGGGGUUGAUUUCGGGGAUGUCUCGGAGCGCUUGGCCUUAAGGAAGAGGCUGCAGUGUCGGAGCUUCCGCUGGUACCUCGAACACGUCUACCCAGAGAUGCGGAUCUACAACAACACCAUCACAUACGGCGAGGUGAGGAACAGCAAAGCUAGCGGCUACUGCCUGGACCAGGGCUCUGAAGAUGAUGACAAAGCCAUUCUGUACCCCUGCCACGGCAUGUCCUCCCAGCUUGCCCGCUACGCUACUGAGGGGCUUCUCCAGCUGGGACCUCUGGGGUCGACCACCUUCCUGCCUGACACAAAAUGCCUCGUCGAUGAUGGCAGAGGACGCACUCCCAGACUGAAGAAAUGUGACGCCAUUUCAAGGACUUCCCAGAGGCUUUGGGACUUUACACAGAAUGGCCCAAUAAUCAGCAGGGACACCGGUCGAUGCUUGGAGGUAGAAAUGUCCAAAGAUGCCAACUUUGGCCUUCGCCUGGUGGUCCAGAGAUGCUCCGGUCAGAAGUGGAUGAUACGAAACUGGAUUAAGCAUCCCAGGCACUGAAGCCAGAGACAAACCUCUGAGACAGUUUGGGCAGCGUUUCAAGACGCAGUUGGAUCUCAAACUGUGGACGGUUCAGAGAGAGGAGCAGGGACUGGUGCUGCUGGUGUGUGGUACUUCACACCACAGACAGCACACUGAGCUUCCCUCAGGCUACACAGCUUUCCAACACCGAGUCUUAAAGAAGAAUCUGAUCAAUUCAUGUGUUCCACUGAGCUGCGCGUUCACAGAGACCUUAUGGCAAGCUGCACUGUUUGAAAUGGCCCACAUUUCUGACAUUCAGCUACAUGUAUAGAACCGAGUAACAAGACAACUGAGUGCGGCCCCUGAAGGUGGUUCAAGAUCCUAAUUCUUUUGUUUCUACUAUAAAACUAUCACGUCUUUGGAGAUGAGAGCAAGUGGUCGAGUGUUUUUUUGUUUUGUUUUUUCUGAGUGCAUCGAAGCAAAUCAAAAGAUAUGAUUGCUGUCAAUUGCCACAUCAAAGUCAUUAUUUUGGGCUGUGAUUUGGAAAAUUGCUUUGGACAUUAUUUGCUGCACUGGCAAGACAUGAUAGGCUUCAAAGGGGCUGCCCAUCAUGUGAUCGGGAGGCAUUUCACCUGCACUCACACAAACCACUACAGUUCUGUUUCUUUGGACCGUAUUGCUCACUGAGGACAGGAGCAAUCAUGUGCCUUUUUUCUCAUUUUUCUGCUUAAUCUGACCAGGGAAUGUCAGUCCCAAAAGCAUGUACAAAAUUAUUUGAAAAUUAUUAAUAUAUAAAACAAUGUAUAAAACAGUCUAAUGAUAGUAAUAUAUUGUAAAAAGUGAAGACUUGAUAUCCGUCCUCUGAUAACAAUUAGGAUAAUAAAAUCAUUUUUAUGAUGA